AGCAGUAGGUCCACGUUAGAGCAACCCGGAAGUAAACAUCCCAAUGUACUUCAACUUUGGUUCUCGGCUGUUAUGAAUCCGGUGUCUUUGUACCGAUUGAAUGAACGGAGUGGGAUCGAUAACCUGCUCUUUCUGGCAUGUUUCCCAACCCGAUAACCUAAUGUGCUGUUCUGCGAAUUAGCCUAGUGAGCUAGUGGACGGACAAACGCUGCGGGGUGCUUCUGGAGAUUGGAGAUAGAACUGGAGAUAUUGUGAAUGGUGUGACCGUGGUCAGAUGGACUUGAGGGACUUUGUGCAGUCAGCAGGCAGGGCAGUGCUGGAGUUGGUGGAACGGGAAUGGGAGCCUCUAUCCCAGACCGAGCUGGAACAACGCCUGGACCAGGCGGUCGAGGACAUUCUGGAGGCUGACCUCGUCGCCAAGGUCCAAGCUCAGCCACCCGCGGUGUAUGUGCACCUGGUGCAGGCUGCAGACCCACUGGUGCUACCAGCAGAACCAGUUAAAUCCGCCCCAUCCGAAGAAGAGGAACAUCUGUCUCUAGAGACAGAAGAAGACCCCGUCGAUAGUUACGCCGUUAAGCACAUUACAGAACUCCUUCAGAACUCAAAGUCCCACUUCAGCAGGUCGAGGCUGGCGGGACGCGCCCGCAUCUCGCUGUCCCACACGGUGCUGCUGUCACUCACCCUCCUUUCCAAGCGCGUCAGCUACCGCUCGGUCUCCGGUCGCUUCCGCCUGGAGAAGGGAAACAUCCACAGGAUCUACUUCUCCUUCUGUGAGCGGGUCAACCUGCUGCAGGACGAACUGAUCCGAUGGCCAAGCGAUGAAGAAGCCGGGGACCUGCUCUGUCCUCUCUACUCUCUGCUUGGAAAGACCGGCCCUGAGGAGGUCCCGGGUGCGCCCCAGGUCCUGGGUAUCCUGGGCCACACCCGGAUCCCCAUCCGCCUGCCUAUCGGCAAGCAGAGCGUGGACAGCCCCAUGCCCGAGGUGAAGCGGAUGAAGAAGGAGGCGCACCCGGACUCCUGGUUGAACCUGGAGCUGGUGUGCGACCGCAGAGGCCGCUUCCUGCACUGCCACGUCAGCCAGGGGUCGGAGACGGGUCGGGCGGCGGAGCUGAGAGACCGGCUGGGUCGCCCGGCCCGCCCGAUGCCCCCGGGGUCCUGCCUCGUGGCCCGAGCGGGCUACCCGCUCACGGAGCACAUCCUCACCCCCCACGGGGCCCCCGUGGGGCCCAGGGAGGCCCUCUUCAACAAGACACUGGAGGCGUACUUCAGCAUCCUGGAGCAGGCGGUGGGCAGCCUGAAGGCCCGGUUCCAGCGGCUGCGGUACCUGGACAUGGGGAACUAUGAGAGGGCCAGGGCGGUGGUGCUGACCGCCUGUAUCCUACACAACGUGUUCCUGGACUUUGGGCCCCUGCUGGAGGGAGAGGCGGACGCAGAAGAGGCCGGGGUGAUGGAGGAGGAAGAGGGGGAUGGGGACGAGGAAGGGUUAAGGAGACGGGAGGCCAUCAUGGAUCUGUUGUAUAAAGGACUUGAAUCGACGUGUGCGUGACGUUUUGUUGUGGGUGUUUGUGUGGCUGAUGAGGGUGUUUAUUUGAUAUGUAAAUAUGUUUUUUAUGAAACAUUCUACAACACAAACACUUUUGAAGUUUACGUUACAACUGAAAAAUUAAAAUAAUUUAACAAAU